AUGGAGUUAUUUCUCAUACCCACCGUCACCACAUCCGCCACCACCGCCGACACCACCACCGCCGGCGCCAUAGCCACUACCACCAUAGCCACCGCCACCGCGGCCGCCUCCCCCAUACCCGCCACCUCCGUAACCACCUCCAUCUCCGCCAUAUCCUACACCACCACCGCCAUAGCUGCCGCCAAUGUUGUAGCAGAUUGUUGUCCUGCCUCCACCACUACCUCCAUAACCGUCACCGCCAUAGCCGCCACCUCCAUAGCCGCCACUACAAUAGCCGCCACCACCAUAGCCGCCACCACCUCCAUAGCCGCCACCUCCUCCACUAUAGCCGCCGCUGCCACCACCUCCAUAUCCCCCGCCACCACGACUGUAGCCUCAGCCACCACCCCCAUAACCUCCGCCACCACCACCACCAUAGCCUCCACCACCUCCGCCAUAACCACCGCCGCCACCCCCACGUCCACCCGGCAUGGCCGAGCUGAACACCGUCAUGAGAGCCACACCCAAGGACACUAA